UUCAUCGAUUACCAGCCUCACGAUACGAUCGCGACACUCAACCUCCCUUCGCCAUUCGCGACAAUUGACCGCCUCCCCGAUACCAAUUGUUCCAUCGCAGACUGUCCCUAUAAUCAGGCGCGGCUCUGCUGCCUCGACAUUUUCCCCGAGGGAUUAUCCGCAUUCAAUUAACGCCCCCCUAUCUCGCGACGAGUCGAUCUACCUCUCAAGACGCAGUCUUUCCACACAAUGGCUGACUACGACCCCGCUCAUCAGAGCGGUGCGUGGGAUGAGAAUGGGGACUAUGAGGUGACAGAUGGCAGCAGCAAUCAAGAGAAUAUUCCGCAGCAUAGCACCGAUCAAGAUCAAGCAGAGUAUUCCGUUGAUUCAGCCCAACAUGCUUCUGGUGACGUCCCAUCUCCUGAUGGUGCCACCGACGAUGUGGGUGACUACGAUCCAGCAUCAGUCACAGCUGAGCCGGCUCCUGGUGCAGCACUUCCGGCGGCUGCGGACCAGGUCCCCAUCAGGCCUUCGCCCCAGCGCGCCGCUAAGCAGAAACCGCGAACGGCAGGAGGCUUCCUAGUGGGAGACUCCGACUCCGAAGAUGAUGAAGGAGAUGAGGUGCCGCUCCCUGCAUCAAGUGGUUUUGCUCUAGCUACUGCAUCGCAGCCUACUGUUCCACGUUCCCCUUCCCAACAGAAUCACAUCACUGCCAAACAGGCCUCAUCCGUCCCUUCUAUUGCAGACCCUGCUCCCCAGGUGAACGACCCUCUUCCUGCUGGCCAGCUGGAGAAUGGCGACGCAACUGCAACUCCAGCCACGGUUAGCCCAGUCGCUGUUGAUAAGAUCACCCAGCUAGAAGGCCGGGUCAGCGAAGAUCCUCGUGGCGCCAUGGAUGCGUGGCUGGCGCUCAUCGCCGAAUACCGGUCCAAGAACGAUAUCGAGCAGUCAAGGCAGAUCUACGACCGCUUCCUAACCGUCUUCCCCCAAGCUGCUGACGUCUGGGCGGAAUAUCUUUCAAUGGAGCUUGACAUGAAUAAUUUCCCCGAGGCCGAGCUUAUCUUCAACAAGUCGCUCAUGUCAACAUUGAAUGUGAAUCUAUGGACCAAGUACCUAGACUACAUCCGUCGGAGAAAUGACCUCAACGACAGCAGCGGCAAUGCCCGCCAGACCGUCUCGCGCGCCUAUGAGUUCGUUAUUGACAACAUCGGCCUCGACAAGGACGCUGGCAGGAUCUGGGCCGAGUACAUUCAAUUCAUCAAGUUCGGACCCGGCACAGUCGGCGGAAGCCAAUGGCAAGACCAGCAGAAGAUGGACCAGUUGCGUAAGGCGUACCAGCGAGCCAUUUGCGUGCCAAUUGGCAACGUCAACACCCUAUGGAAGGAAUACGACCAGUUCGAGAUGGGGCUCAACAAGUUGACUGGCCGCAAGUACCUGGCUGAGAAGUCAUCGUCGUACAUGUCAGCAAAGGGUGCGAACACCGCCCUAGACAACAUCACCCGGGGCCUGCAGCGGACGACUCUUCCCCGUCUCCCGCCCGCUCCCGGCUUUGACGGCGACCAGGAGUAUAUGGAGCAAGUCGAGAUUUGGAAAAAGUGGAUCGCUUGGGAGAAGUCGGACCCGCUGGAGAUCAGGGAGGACAAAGACCAGCCUGGCCUCUACCGAAAACGCAUCCUUUUUGUCUAUCACCAGGCGCUUAUGGCCCUCCGGUUCUGGCCAGAGAUGUGGGUUGAUGCUGCCCAGUGGUGUUUCGACGACAACAUCACAUCAAAGGAUGGCAUCUCAACCGGUCUUGAUUUCCUCACUAAAGGUAUCGAGGCAAACCCCGAGAGCGUCUUGCUCGCUCUGAAGCAUGGUGAUUAUAUCGAGUCUACUUAUCCCAUCGAGGAGAAUGACGAGGCGAAGAUUGCCCGCGGCAAAGCCGUGCGCGCGCCAUAUAACAACGUCUUAGACACGCUCUACGGCAUCGUCAAAAACCUCAAGGAUCGUGAGACUGCCGAAGUUGCCCGUAUCGAAGAGGCCGCCAAGGCCGCCGGUGAGAGCUCCAGCAACAGGGUAGACUACGACGAGGACGACGAGGAUGAUGUCGGAUCCCCAGACAAGGGCGCAAGAGACAGCAGGACGAACGACCAGCUCCGAGCCAUCAAGCAGGGCUUCGCUGCGCAGACUCAGCUGCUCUCGCGGACGAUUUCUUUCGUUUGGAUUGCCCUGAUUCGCGCGAUGCGCCGUAUUCAGGGUAAAGGCAAACCCAACACGGAGCUCGGUGGCAUGCGGCAGGCGUUUCAGGAUGCGCGUCACCGUGGCCGUCUCACGAGCGACGUCUAUGCUGCUGUCGCACAGCUAGAGUGGACGAUCUAUAAGGACCCGGCGGGCGGCAAGAUCUUUGACCGUGGCGCUAAACUGUUCCCCGAGGAUGAGGGUUUUACGCUGGAGAACAUCAAGUACCUCCACUCUCGUGAUGACUUCACUAAUGCCCGUGUCCUCUUCGAAACGGUCGUCAACCGUCUAACACAGAAGCCCGAGCUCGUGCACAAGGCCAAGCUUCUCUAUACGUACUUCCACAAGUACGAGUCGCAGUUCGGCGAGCUUGCCCAAAUCGCCAAAUUGGAGAAGCGUAUGGCCGAGCUCUUCCCCGAGGACCCAAAGCUUGCCCACUUUACCGCGCGGUAUUCGACCGAUAAAUUCGACCCUAUCACCGCUCGGAUCAUUGUCUCUCCUACCACACAGCUCAGGCCUAAACUCUUGAUGCCGUCGAUUGAGCAGGGCACCUCUCUCCAGAACUCACCUCGACCACCGCCAUUUGCAACCCGUGCGAGUCCCGCGCCCCAGUUCUUUCCUGCGAUAAAUUCCCCCAAGCGACCCUUGCCCGCCGAUGACUUCGACGAACCCCCACGCAAAAUCCAGCGUAGUGAUUUCGGCGAGUUCCAGCGCGGCGCUUCGCCGCUUAAGGGUGCAGCCGGCCGCCGCCUGGACCAGCAGCGCCGGAUGCAGGGUCAGAGCACGACCUCGUACACCGCCACGCCAGUUCCCAUCGCUCGGGAUAUCACGUUCCUCAUGGGUCAGAUCCCCCGAGCCGAUCUUUACGACUUUCAUCGCUUCAAUCCGACCAAGGUGACCAACCUCCUGCGAGAGACUAUGGUACCGGAGUACGCGGCGUGGAAGAACUCCCGCCAACCUUCAGACCAUCCCGGGCAGUUCAGCACCUACCAAAAUCGUGACUCGCCUGCCCCCAUCGGCCGACCUCUGAGCCCAUAUGUUGGAGGAGACGCAGCCCGCGGCCGCAUGCCGCCCACGGCCGCUGCCCCGUACAGGCAAAGUUCUAUGCGGCCUGGAUCCAGCGGUUCCUACGAGCCCCCUCCUGCGGUCUACGCCCAAGGUCCGCCACCCCCUCAAGCAGGGUAUGCCCAACCGCCGCCUAUGCAAUACGAUGGCGGCGCUGCCGCCGGCUGGCCGUCUUAUCCGCCUCCGCCCACCAUGCAACAGGGCUACGCUGGCCCUCCGCCGCCGCACUUGUAUGGCCAGGCGCCGCCCCCUCCCCAGGGAGGUUAUCCCCGGUAUCCACCACACCCUUACUAGGGGCCUUUUUGGGCCUUUUUCAGCAUACCACGUGCAUGAGGCGCAUGAGCUGCGACUUGUUUCCAGUUCAGGGUUAUCUAGGGCCCAGUCCAAAACACCAAGCCAAGUAGGGGUUCUGGGUGUUCAUUUUCGACUAGCCUGGAGUCGCCUGACUUGUAAUAUCAUCGC